AUGCAGCCCCUGCACCACUGCUUCAAGCAGAAUGACCUCGUCUUCGAACCAAAGAAGUCGAGCAGCUACAAGCCGAUCAGCAAAAAACACCCCCUCGCCAAAAGCUUCCAAUGCUCUUUCUUCGGCAGCGGCUGCAGCUACUCCACCAGCUACUACAGCGGCCAGUUCUCGAAGGGCCCUGCCGCAACCGAAACAUUCACGUUCGACAGCAGUUUGAAACGGCCCGCAUCAGUGAAGAACCUCGUUUUCGGCGGGAUACUCGGGAUGGACAAGGCUCCGAUGUCCUUGCCUCGACAACUCGGCGCAUCGAUCAAGAAUCGGUUCUCCUACUGCCUCUCUCCGACCACAGGCUCGUACAUCAGGUUCGGUGACGAGGCGGUGAUCCAAGGGAGGAACGGGCAGAGGACACCGAUCGUCGAGACAAGCAACAAUCGGAGCGCCACAAACUACGCCCUCCCGCUGAUGGAUCUCAGCAUCAACGGGAAGAGGCUCGGGGCGAGAUUCCCCGAGGGAAUCUACAUAGAUUCCGGAUCCUCAUUAAGCCUUCUAGAAACGAGUGUGUUUGUGGGGACGCGGCCGAAUUUACCGACGAUGGUGUUUCAUUUUAAGGGGGCUGAUUUGGCGCCAAAUCUGUUCGUCUUUUUGGAGAAGAAUGUGUUCUGUUUUAUGGCGUUGGGAGUCAAAAACUAUAAUUGGUUCUUUGAGAUAUUAACAAGAUAUAUAAAUAAAAUUCGAGUACAUUUCUAUUCAAAUAUAAGUCGAAAUAUAAAUCUGAUGGAAAAUGAAUAA